UCAGGUUCACGAAUCACCACCAUCACUACCUUAACGUGUCAUUCUACGACCCUCUGCGUUCUGGCCACUGAGAUGGUACACUACACUCAGGAUCAGGUUCUACAACUCGCAAAUUUUCACGUUGGCGGCCUGCGAGGCGAGACGCUCUCAAGCAAAGACAUACCAGAAAGCUAUAUUCUAGAACUCUCGAGUUUUUUGAAAGACUAUCCGCAUGACUACAACUUUCGCCUAGUAACUCAGCCCAAUAAAGGCUAUGGCAAGUUAAGAUGCGAUGAGGACAGCUGUCGCAGCGGUCCAAUUAUAAUACUUGAUCGAAACAAACAGCUCCAGGACGGCGGUUUGAAGGACGGUGUUGGCUCGCUUUCCAGUUACAAGAUGCACAUCAAUCGCCACCCAUAUCACACCCAUGCACGAGACUUACGCGUGCAGAAAAAGUUGAAGAAUGAAAACACGGAGAACAUCCCAUCUUCAUUCAUCAAGAGGGAGCGCUCAGAUACAAAAUUAACGAACCUAAAACACGAUGCUUCUCCACAACUUAGCGCUCGAGCCUUGCUUUCAUCCUCUUCCACCCACACACCUUCCCACUGUGCUACCACAAGUCAAUCAUCCGCUCCUCUUACCCCCCUCGAAGCCGCACGUCAGCGGGCGAGUAGGAAAUCUCUAAGGGCGACGAUCAAACCAGAGCCUGCCGAAAGUAUCCCCCAAAAACGUCGACUUUCUGACAUGAGCGACGAGUGUUAUAGUGUUUUAACUCGGCACCCCUCUCUACCGAAACCAGAGCCUACUCAAGCAGUUGCCCAACACAGUCUUCUGGAAUCAAUAGACAACAUUGCACCUGCUAGAGACAACGCUGCCCAGGCUAUCAAGAUGGAUACAGACGGCAUUCGGGAUCGUAUUCACGAACUUACAUCACAAAUGUCUUCGGUGCAAACUCUUUUGGACAAUGCUUUACGAAAAAAGACAAAGACCCAAUCUGACUUCACCAGGAUACGGCACCAUCAAGAAAAGGUUCAAGGACUCGGCCGAGAAAGGGAUGAGUUAAAGGACUCCCUUCCUACGAUUCCCUUCUCCCCUAGUGAGAGACCUGUAACUUCGGGGCAAGAGAUUACUAGUAUCAAGCAGGAUCUCCAUCAACAAGAAUCUACCUUGGAACAUGAACGGUUCGAGCAGAAUCUCGGUCGCUUCCCCAUUGCGACUGCUGGACCAAGUUCUGCAGCGUUGGCUCCUCCACCAGUUUUCCACCAGCCUCCACCACCCCAACACCUCUAUAAUGAUAACAACACGGGCCACGGUUUUGUUGGUAUUGCAGAAGCCGCGGCGCCUGUUCAGAUCUCUAUGGCCAACGCUUCCGCGGCGGUUGCCGAGUGCUUCCACAAUGGGAUCGAGACUGUACACGAUCCUUACGAUGAAGACGGUAAUUUCUAUGGACGGGGACGCGACACUUACCAGGGGCCUCAGGCAAAGGCGGACGAUAUCGAAAAAUUUCUGAUCGAGGCAGGAAAUGCAGAGCAAUUUGAUGGAAGCGUUACCGUAGACAAGGCUUUGAAAGACCUUGGGCUUUCUUCCAUAUAUGUUCCACUUCCGAACAUGGAGGUUGCUCUAAUGCCCCACCAAGCCAUUGGAGUCGCUUGGAUGCAUGUAAAAGAGCGCGGGGUGAUUAAAGGCGGUUGUCUCGCUGAUGAAAUGGGAUUGGGAAAGACCGUUCAAAUGCUUGCUCUGAUGACCAUGAAUCCAUCAACCAAUCCUACUUGCAAGACAAACCUAAUCAUUGCUCCUUUGGCGCUUCUGGACCAAUGGAAAUUGGAGAUUGAACUGAAGACCAACGAUGUGUUUAAAUGCUUGAUUUACCAUGGAAACAACAAGCCUAAGCGUAAAUCCGAACUGCUUUCGUACGAUGUGGUCAUUACGACGCCUUCUACCAUGGCGUUGGAAUGGCCCGAUUUAGAGAAAGAAAUGAAGCGGGAAAAGGCGACCAUGAAGAAGAAGAAAGAAGACGACUUUAUAGACGAUUCGGAUUCGGACGGUCCUACACGAAAGAAGCGGAAGCGAGAGCGUGGCCUGCUCUUUCAAGUUGAAUUUUAUAGGAUAAUUCUCGACGAGGCACAACUUAUCCGUUCGAGGAAGACGCGAGUUUCACGAGCGAUUACGGAUUUGAGUGCGACGUAUAGGUGGUGUUUGACCGGAACUCCCAUCAUCAAUAGCCUAUCGGACGCCUACGGUGUUAUCCGCUUUCUUCGGGUCCGUCCAUUUUACGAUUGGGACGAAUUUAACCGGCACGUCGCUCGACUGGAGAAGAAGAGACCUGACCUUGCAGUUGUUAAGCUACAGAAGAUAUUUGAUACCUUUCUUCUCCGCCGCAAGAAGGACACAAUGCUAGACGGGAAGCGCCUGAUCGAACUGCCAGCCAGAAAUGUUCAUCUUAAUAGACUUAUUUUCUCGGAAGAGGAACGCGAGAUUUAUGACAUGGUCGAACGAAACUCACAGGCCAUUUUCAAUAGAUAUCUGCGUGCGGGGACAGUACUCAAAAACUAUCAUCACGUCUUGGUCCUCCUACUACGCCUUCGUCAAAUCUGCUCACACCCGUGCCUCAUACAAGAGGACGGCGGUGCGUUUAUCAUGCCAGACGAGAUUGAGAAUGACUCAAGGCCUAUGGUCCGGAAGGAACUGGCACGGGCCAGGGACUUGGUAUCUCAAGCGUUUGUCAUCAAGCUGAAAGAAAGGUUUAAACACGAAGCUCUCGAACGAAUCAAAGCCGAGAAGGAGUGUGCGGAAGAAGCCACCGUGUCCGAAGAAUGUCCAAUAUGUUUUGAUGCAUACAACGCACCCGUUGUGACUCCGUGUGCUCAUAUUUUUUGCCACGACUGUAUUCGGGAUGUUCUCAAUGGCCCGCAAGUGCAGGUUGCUGAUGAUCCUACCAAAUACACAGAAGAUGAGCGACCCUGCCCUGCUUGUCGUGGUCCAAUACACGCCAACAAGCUCUUUAGCCGUUCAGCCUUUGAGCCAACAGAUGAAGAUUUAUUCCCGCCAGAGAAACUAACGGAGACGGAUUUGGAGAUGGACGAGGUCGAUGAAUUCCUGGCGCCCAAGAAUCACAACCGUAAAGUGAAGAAAGGGAAGAAAUUGGAACGCCAAAUCUCACUUGAAGAUUCGGAAGAUAUCGUCGACGUCGACGCCAUGGAAACCGUAACCGAAGCCGCGGACGGUUCUAGUCAGCCUCGUAGAUCAAGCCGGGCCAAGAAAAACACAUCUCUCAUCGUCAUCUCAGAUGAGGAGUCUGGUGACGAGGACGAGGAUGAUAGUAUGAGCGACUUUAUUGUGGAUGAUGAUGCGGAUUUGUACGCUCCUCGUGAACCAAAGAAGAAACUGGGCAAACGGAAGUUCCAGGUUGUUUUGGACUCUGAAGAAGAAAUCGACGACACUCCAGAGGAGAAAGAGGUCAUUUUUGGGCGGAAGAAGAAACCCAAGACGGCGAAAGAGAUCAAACUAACGCCAAAGUUUCUUCCCUCUACGAAGAUGAAGUGGAUGAUAGAAGAAAUUGGCAGGUUGGCCAAGGAGAAGCCUGAAGAAAAGAUAUUGAUCAUUUCUCAAUGGACCGGAUGCCUCUCGCUGGUUUCGGACUACCUCCUCGAGUAUGGCGUUCGCCAUGUCAAAUAUCAAGGUGAUAUGAAUCGAGUGAAACGUGAGCAGGCAGUUCGAGUCUUCAUGUCGAAGGAGAACGCCCCUAUUAUGCUGAUGUCAAUGAAAUGUGGAGGCGUCGGUCUCAACCUCACUAGAGGCAACAACGUCAUUUCGUUGGACCUUGGCUGGUCUCAAGCAGUCGAAAACCAAGCUUUCGACAGAGUACACCGGCUUGGUCAAACGAAGCCGGUUAAUGUACAACGCCUUGUAAUAGAGAACACCGUUGAGGACCGUAUCCUUGCCCUACAAGAGCGAAAGCAAAAUCUUGCGGACGGCAGUCUUGGUGAAGGCAACGCGAAGAAGAUUGGCAAACUCUCCGUGAAAGAACUUGCCAAUCUGUUCGGACUGGAUCAUUAUGGAAGACUUCUCGCCCAGUAG